AUGACUGCCGAUCAGGCUAACGGAGGUGACUCACGGCCGGUGUUCUUCUUUGACAUUGACAACUGUCACCUCGAUCUUACUACGGAAGAUGCGCAUAUGCUGCACCAGAAAUACUACAGGGAGUACGGCCUUGCCAUUGAAGGGUUGACUCGCCACCACAAGAUCGACCCGCUCGAGUUCAACGAAGAGGUGGACGAUGCUCUUCCCCUCGAUACAAUCUUGAAGCCAAACCCCAAAUUGCGCACUCUGCUAGAGGCCUUGGAUACCAGCAAAGUGAAGCCUUGGUUGCUCACUAAUGCGUAUGUGAGCCAUGGAAAGCGAGUGGUAAAGCUGUUGGGUAUUGAAGAUCUGUUUGAGGGUAUCACGUACUGCGACUAUGCCCAGUUGCCGUUGGUUUGCAAACCGAGCCAGGAUAUGUAUGCAAAGGCAGAGAAGGAGGCUGGGGCUCCCAGUACUGAGUCGUGCUACUUCGUCGAUGAUUCAUAUCUCAAUUGCAAGCAUGCAGCGGCCCGAGGUUGGUCAACUGCUCACUUUGUGGAAGAGGGAGUCGAGAUUCCUCGCGUCCCAGCAUCAAAGUAUAUGAUCUCAAACCUUGAGGAGCUACAUAUAUCACCUGGCACGGUGAUCACCUUGACCGACGGACGACAGGCCAUCGUGCGGUUCAUUGGCAGCACUCACUUCGCAGUUGGAGAUUGGAUAGGCGUUGAAUUGACAGACGCUACGGGCAAGAACGAUGGCGCAGUCCAAGGAGAGCGAUACUUUGAUUGCGAACCAGGUUAUGGCAUGUUCAUCCGACCGACAGCCGUGGGCGCGGUUUUACAGCAAGCUCCGCGGGAGAGUAAACAAAGGGCUAGAGCCGGUACCAAUGCAACUGCCGGCAGACCAUCGAUCUCAACAGCUGCAAAAAAGCCACCUGGAGUACCACCGAGUGCGAUUAAAAGACAGAGCGUCAAUGCAUCUACUCCCACCCCGGCUGGGAAGAUGGCCCCCCGGUCGUCUCUAAGGUCUCCAACGAAAUCCCCAACGAAACAGCUAUCCUCGGGCGCCCCUGCUCGUCCUUCGAUGGGUGGUACUUCGCGCACUUCCACCGUGGCAUCUAAUCGACCUCGGCCAGCACCUACCACCCGACCCUCAGUCGGCCCAUCCUCAACCUCGGCAUCAACACCCAGGUCCUCUCGUACAUCUGUGUCUGGCUCGGCUAGGACUUCGCGACCAGGAUCUCAAACCAACGUAUCAGCGCCCGGAUUAUCGAAACGGCCCUCCCUACGCCAGGUUGUCCCUACAAAAGUGUCAGAUGGGGGGGAAACAGCAACAAGAGAUCCAUCGGAAGAGCCAACGGAUGUUGAAUCUCCAGAUAACGAAGAUGGUCAACAGGGUUCCGAGAUGGCACUCCCGCCCGCGGCUAGGUCCUCUCGCCAGUCCAUGGCUGCCACGCGCUCUACGGCCCCUCGGCCUGGACCUACAAUGUCCACGACUCAGCGCCCGGGGCAAAGCGCUGCUGUCAAUCGAGAGCUGGAGGAGCUUCAAACUAAGCUCCGCGUAAUGGAGAAAAAGCGGACUGACGAUCGUGAAAAGAUGAAGGCCCUCGAGCAGCUGCAGUCUGAGCGUGAUAAAUUCGAAUCUAUCAUUCAAAAGUUGCAGGCGAAAUAUCAGCCCCAGCAAAUGGAAAUUACGGAUUUGCGCAAGAAACUGAGGGAUACUGAGGCUCGUUUGGAGGAAGUCGAACGGAUGCAGGCUGAGCAUGAAUCUCUCAUGGAAAUGGCGGGUCUCGACAGGGAGAUGGCAGAAGAAACCGCCGAUGCCUUCAAACACGAAUGCGAAGCGCUGCGGUCUAAGAUGGAAGAGCUUCAAUUAGAGGUCGAGGUUCUCCGCGAGGAGAAUGAAGAGUUCAGCCAAGUCACAAGCCCCGAGGAGCGAUCUAGCCAUGGAUGGCUGCAAAUGGAGAAAACCAACGAACGCCUUCGCGAGGCUCUUAUCCGACUACGCGAUAUGACGCAGCAGCAAGAAUCAGACCUGAGAGACCAGAUCAAGGAAUUAGAACAAGACCUUGAAGAGUACUCCGCUGUGAAAUCUGAUUUCGAGGCUUCGAAAGAAAAGCUGCUGGUUGCAGAGACCAAUGUUGAUGAUCUCAAGCAGCAACUAGAGACUGCUCUGGGUGCCGAGGAGAUGAUUGAAGAGCUUGCCGACAAAAACAUGCGGUACCAGGAGGAGAUCGGUGAGCUCAAAGCUGCCAUUGAAGACUUGGAGGCUUUGAGAGAAAUCAGCGAUGAACUGGAGUAUACCCAUGUUGAGACUGAGAAACAGCUCCAAGAAGAGAUCGAUUAUCGUGAUGGCGUGUUCAACGAACAAUCCAGGAAAAUCACCCAACAAGAUGAAGUCAUUGAGGAUUUGGAGUACACAUUGUCUCGCUUCAGAGAACUAGUGACGAACCUCCAAGCUGAUUUAGAAGAUAUGCGAGCGUCUCAGCAGAUCUCAGAAGCCGAGGCCACUGAUCUCACGACACGAUCUCGCGCAAUGAUGGACUUGAACAUGAAGCUGCAUGCCUCGGUAUCAAAGGCUCAGACAAAGUCCAUCGAUGUUGAACUCAAGCGUAUGGAGGCAGAAGAAGCCGCACAACAUCUUUCGAUUGUGAAACUCUAUUUGCCUGAAUACUAUGAAGGCGAGCGGAAUGCCGUCCUGUCUUUACUUCGAUUCCAGCGUGUGAGCUUCAAGGCUGCUGUGAUGAGUGGCACGAUUCGUGAGCGCAUCGCCGAGCAAUCUGCAAUCUCAAGCCACGAGGAAAUCUUCAAUGCUUUGGGGGUCUCUGAGCAUCUUCUGUGGAUCUCGACUGUUUGCGAUCGGUUUGUGACUUAUAUUAAUGCCUGCACACCGGAACAAUUCAAUAGCACAAAGGCCGCUUUGUUUGAAAUGGAGCCUGUGGAGCGCACACUUAACUUCUGGAUUGAGAAUUUGAAGAAGAACGAAGUCAACAUGAGCAAGUUUUCUGUCGAAUUGCAACGAUCUAUCGCUCUUCUCGCGCAUCUGGCAGAAACCAUUCUUCCAUCGAGUCCGGAGAACUUUGCAGGUGAGAUAUGUAUGCGUGCAAACUUAUCUCAGGCAUACCUCGACCAUGCUGCUACGGCCAUCGCUCGACUGAAAGUUCUCAUCCAGUCCAAAUUGCCUGCUCCAAAGAAAGCCGGCGAAGGAAAUGAAGAGAGUGAGGGUGACGAAGUCGAUACAAGCAAUGAAGAAAUUGAAUUUGCUUUCAACAAACUCGAUGCUUUUGUUUCCCAUGCUCGUGGGUCCAAAGUAGCGAUGGGCAAAAUCUACCGGGCUGUUGAAGAUUUACGCUCAAGAUCUCUUGUACUUUCAGAGCAAGCCGAUGAACCAUUCAAGAAGACUGAGGUCUUCACGCGAGGGCUCUCAGAACUUGCUCGAAAGCUGGGCGAAGCUGUGCUUAGCCUAACGAGUGAUGAAGGUCGUGUUGAGCCCUACACUCUCCAGGAAAUUCUGGACAGUAUGUCGCAAGCCGCCACCGCUUUUCUGCAGGGCUCGGACAAUCCCACCGACGGAAAUGACCCGCUCGCCUUGCUAUUAAAUACAUUGCGGGACCUGGCCAGCCAACUUGAUGAGCUCGACUCAAUCUCCUCCGAUCUUUCUCGAACUACUGAGUUUGAGAGAGGUGCAUUCCCUUGGAUUGCGCGUGCAGCGGAGCUCAAGUCCAACAAAACCAUUUCACCGGACGCCGACGAAGAGAUUCGUCGCCUCAAGAAUGAGGUUCAUGAAGUGUCCACCGCCCUUGGCGUUAAGGACAACACUCUGGAAGAGCAAGGUAUCAAAAUCGAACUCCUCGAGUCGCGGAUGAAGGAAGCAAGCAAGAAAGCAUCCAUGGUCAAGGAUCUUGAGGCCAAGAUUGAAGAGAGUCAGACUAUGAGCGCCGAGCUGGAGAAGACUGUCGAACGACAGAAGAAGGAGCUUCAAACCGCCGAAGCAGAACGAGACGAAUAUAAGAAUCGCCUCGAAAGAAUGAAACGCGUUUCUGGAACUGCAGGUGUCACAACUACAGGCGGUGGUCUCGUCAUCGAUACCGAGGCUUCUUUGGCGGCAAUGCACGAGAACGAAACUCUUCGUGCCGAAGUGGAAAGUCUUCAAUCCGCCGUGCGUUAUCUGCGCGAAGAGAACCGCCGUGCGAAUCACAUGGACCCGUAUUCUGUCCAACGUUCAACUGAUAUGUACGCCUGGCUGGAUGCACCUCUUACUCGCUCGACUCCUACGGCAGAGCAAGAGAAAAUACAGCGCACAGCUCUGGAAAGCCGUGAUGUCUUUACUCAUCUGCUCAAGCUCACCAAGGACUCUCGUGUCCCAGAUCUGAAAUCUACAAUGGUCCCACGGGACAACGAGGAAGAAGGUACUAUCAACCGCACCGCAUGGCGUCCAUCCAAGUCUCGACUCCGGUACCAAGUGCUCCGGCAGCGUGAGAAUUUCGAACACUGGUCCGAAUGGCGUGACGACAUCGUCAACCAUGAGCGCGAACAAGAUCGACUGGCUGCUGCCAAGCGCGAGCGUGCGCUGCGUGAUCGCAUUCCGAAACAUGCCCACAAAGCCUCUGUUGAGUUCCCCCAGGGCCUUGGUCAUGGCAUGAUGGGUCGUGCAUGGCAAAUCCUGGGCAUGCAAAAUCCCCAUAAAAACAGCUCACAAAGCGGUCCUGUUCCCGAUGGUCUGGAAAUUGUGUCAGUGGAGUGA